AUGGCUACACCAUUCGAUCGAAAGAAUCAGCAGGUAUGGGAUACGUUGAAUGCACCGGGCGGGAGUGCAAAGCAGGCAUUGCAAUUGAUUGCCCGUAGGUUGAAGAAAGGUGAAAAGGGCGAUUAUUUGACGGCUAUGAGAGCAUUCAUCCUAGCACAUCUCCCUACCGCUGGUCUUCCCGAACAGACCUCCCCACUUACCGAAGCCCUCCAAAUUUGCAAUUCUCUGGCGUUUCGAACCCCACCGACCAAGGACAGCGAGACAAUCCGACUAAUAGAAAUGACAUACAUCUACCUCGGGAAGAAAGAAGAAAUCGGAAAGUUCCACGAACAUUUGUACAAGGCCAGGAUAGCUACCCCGGGGAGGACAAAGAAUGUUGACGAAGCUGGCUUGAAAGAGUGGUAUAGUGGGUGUAUGAGGGCGUGUGAUUGGACCGGAAUGCAAAAGGCCGCGAUGGCUUUGCAGAAGGGUGUUAUGGGGAACCGGGGGUAUUAUUUCUGGGCUGUUGCUGCAUGUUUUAUUAUGGUCGUAGCCUGCGAUGACGAUCAACGAUCGAGUGUAGGGAUAUUUGGUAUGCUUGCUUCCCGCAUGAUAUCGAAAGCGGCAAGCGAGAUCCCAGAAGGGAAGGAAUCCGGGCCAAUCCGAUCGAUUCGGACGGCUGCAGAGCUACAACUGUUUUACGAUAUCUUGAGCUUCACGAAAGUCGAUGAUGUGGAGCUUGUCAAGUAUCUAGAGAGCCAAACGACAGGGUUCAACAGUCGCCUUGGCUCGGACAGUUACUGGGAGUUCUGGUGGAUGCUGGUUGAGACGAAAUUGCGGCUGCAAGAGUUCAAGGAUGUGAACGACCAUUGUCUUAGCGUCCUAUCGACCGGGAGUGUAGCUAUCAAGGACGGAUCGGACGGGACGGGUCUAGAACAACCGAAAGUUAGCAGGGUCUGGAAGGAUGACUGGAAAGUAUGGGCCGCAUAUGUUGCCUCCGCAGUUGAGAUUGGAGCGAAAGACCCAGAGGAUCCGUUAUUCACCAAAGCUGCAGCGCUCCUUGCGGGGAAACUCAAAGAUGGAGAAGAGCGUGCUUCACGAAAUGCGCUAUUAGCUACCGUCGAAUUUGCAUCGCUCUGCCGUCCUCAUUCCAACCUAAACUGCAAGGAAGACGUGUCAACUCUCCUUGCAGUAUGUUUUGCAUUUUUCGAAAAACAAGGCGGCACGAGUUCAUGUUACGAUGACUUGAGACCUUAUGUGGCCCAACUGAAUACGGAUGAACAGAAAGAACUAUUAGUCAAGAUGACGGGUCACUGCAAGAGCAAGGAUAUCACUUCAUCUGAAUCGUCUACCAAGGAGUUGACCAAUGCAGUCCGCGAGUGGGUCACCCUCUUGAAAUUUUGGUUUUGGAUCGAGAUAGACAAUCAAGAACGGCUACCGGUCACAGAAGGAUUGAACGGCUUUGUCCAAGAAUGCUUGGCUGUCUAUAACGUCUCACUCAAAGUCGAUAUCGACCUUCUAGUCACCGAUAUGAGGAUCGGCGACGAGUUGUUACUAUUGGUCGCCAAGGCACUUAUGUGCAAAUACACUGCAUCUCGUAUGCAAGACCCCCUUCCGGUGAGGGUUGCAAUAAUAAUCCUUGAGCACCUCCUCACGAAGUCGAAACAUAACUUUACAGCACUACUCAUGCUAGUUCGAUUGUACAUGAUUAUUGGCGCCCCGUCUUGUGCAACCAUCGAAUAUCAACGACUGAGCAUCAAGCAGAUCCAAAAUGACUCGCUAUCACAUCAUGUUUUGACAAGGCUAUCUACCCUUCUUCCAUUUUCUGUGUCAUCUGCAGCUAAACUGCUGCAUCCUACGGAUAUGGCUGAUGUUGGUAUGCACGUCCCACACAACCCUACAGACAGCUUGGAAAUGUACGAUAUUUCGCUCAGGCUAUAUAAAAAUGCAAACCGCACCAACCCGGAAAUGAUCAGCCUGGCGUUUAAGAAUGGGGCAUACGGACAAAUCAAGGAUAUGGUAUUGUUCGAAAAAAGAGUAUCUUCGAGUAUCUCAGCUUGCCAAUUUGAGAUCGAACGGAGGCGGGUACAGAGGUUCCGGGGGGUGACCGUGACGGAAGGGUCAACGACAGCAGCGGGGGCUCUGUGGGAUAGAGCUCUGAAUGCUAAGACGUCGGACAACCGAACGUUUGAUUUGUUCGGGGAAGACGGCUGGCAUACAGGCUGUGACGUGGGGCCUCGUGUCGGGGUCCAAUGGGUUCAGGCAUUCUUGUUGACUGAACAUAUCGCGGCGACUCUGGUCGCACAGUCACAGGCAUCUUCUGCUGCAGACUCAACGAAGGCGUCAUCAGCGGCAGCAUCAGGAUCGAAGGCCAAUGAGGGCGCCUCAGAGAAGGAGCACGUGCCGUUUUCCAAGCAUCUCCGUGGAAUCCUUGAGGGUGGUGAGGAGGGCGUCAAGGAAUUCACGGGUGUUGAGAGACAGGUCUUAGAUAUCGCCUGUCUGAUGGGAGAUAUUCAGGUGGAAAGCGAGGGUGGUUCCAAAUCGAGUGGGAAGGUUAAAUUGCUGUUGACUGAGAUAUCGAGCAAAUUCCAAACUCUAAGGGGUAGCUUUCAGCCACCAUCGAAGGGCAAUCGUGAAGAUGUGUCCUCUGCUGUUGGCGAUAUGUCUCAGUUGUCACUCGAUGAUGGCCAGGAUCGGACGCUUUGGUAUAGUUUACAUCAAGCUUACAUGAUUUUAGAGGCCUGCAAACACAUUUUGAUACUAUGCGAAUACUUGGAGAAGUCUCCGGUGGUCAAGGCUUUGAAGCCACAAAUUCCUAAGUCUCAAAUCACGGAGAUCAAAAACAUGAUUGGUUCAUCGUGGAAAGCUGUCGUACAAAUGGCGAAGGAGCAGGCAAAAGACGCAGUCCAGGUGACGGAAAGUGAUAUAGACGCCGUUUUGAGCUGCAAAGGGCUUGAUAUGGCGUCUGUGGCGGAAUUUGUGAAGACCACCAUUGGAAGGGGCAAGGUUGAAAGCUAUAUGGACAAGAUUGCUGGAAGCAGGUCGAGCACCUGGGCGGCGGUUGGUGGUGUCAAGAUUGGAUAA